UUUAUUUUAUAAAGAGAUCACUGAGCAGUUGUCGCACAUCACUAAACCGCAUACCGAAACCAAAUUUUACGAUGAAAUCGACCUUUGGUGUUUCAUAAACAUUGGAAUGGAAUAUCAUACCUACAUAGGAUCGUUAACCACACCACCUUGCAGUGAAGAGGUGAUUUGGCUUGAUUUCGAGGAACCAACUCGCAUCUCAGUUAGACAGGUGGAACGUUUUCAUCGUCUGUAUUCGAUUGACAACACCCAAUUGCCUACAAGUUUCCCACGCUUGCAACCGCUCAAUAAUCGCACCGUCUUUUAUGUGACUCUACAAGACUACUCUGAUGAAGAUGACUUGGAAAUUCCAAGUGCAAUACCUUUUGUGGAUAAUUUGGUUGGUGGUUCAUCCAUGCGGAAACCUAUUGAAAUCAGUUUCGUGGUCACAAUGCUGUUAUUAAGUUUAUUAACAACAAAAGUAGCGGCAUUCUUAAUGGCUUAAGUAACGUAAAGACAAUUUUAUAAAGUAAUUUCAUUGCCUAUUAUGUGUUUGUUAAUUCAUUGGAAAUUAAUGGCUUAAUUCAACGCUUAAUAUUUAUUACCUCUUCGCUGUAAAUGUGAACAACUAACUAUUUUUUACCUACCAGGUACAUUUAAUUGAUUGGUAAAUUGUAUGUUUACAGAUAAGCAAAUAAAAGCGUGUUUUGUGUUCUAGUAUUGAAACAACAGAUAUUUAAUUUACGCGUAUUUUUAUCCUCUCUAAUGCCCAUACCCUCCACCCUGCAAGCUUAAAAGCUUACUUCGUGAAGAAUUAAAAUCAUAA